GACUCUGCUUUACCAGACCUUCCGGUUCAUCAGAGUUCACUCUGCUGCUGUGUUUAUGCUCACAGUGAAGCGUCUCCGCCGUCAGUGAGGUCACUCGUCGUUCUCUGUGCAGGAGGCGUGCUGUCGGUCCCCCUGAGCUCCUGCUGCCAAGUGUGUGCGUGUGUGCGUGCGAGCCGUGCACCAUGACCAGCCUCCUGCGUGUUGUGGCGGCCAGCUGCUCCGCUCCCGUGUUCAGCGGGCUAGCGUGUGCCAAGAUACAGAGUGCCCGUGCGGUCAAGCUACCGUGCGUGCGCUACUUCCGGACCCAGCAGGCCCUGGCGAGAUGCGCUGCUCCAGGGAUCCCCUACAAGCAGCUGACAGUGGGCGUCCCUAAGGAAGUGUUUCUGGACGAGCGCCGCGUGGCCCUGUCCCCCGCCGGCGUGCAGGCGCUCAUCAAGCAGGGCUUCAACGUGGUGGUGGAGGCCGGCGCCGGCGACGCCUCCAAGUUCCCCGACGAGAUGUACGUGCGGGCGGGUGCCGCCAUCCGGGACGCCAAGGACGUGCUGGCGUCGGACGUCCUGGUCAAGGUGCGUGCGCCCCUGGUCAACGAGAUCGAGCUGAUGAAGGAGUCGGCCACGCUGUUCAGCUUCGUGUACCCGGCCCAGAACCCCGAGCUGCUGGAGUUGCUGGCCCAGAAGAAGGCCACCGUGCUGGCCAUGGACCAGGUGCCCCGCGUCACCAUAGCCCAGGGCUUUGACGCGCUCAGCUCCAUGGCCAACAUCUCCGGGUACAAGGCAGUGGUGUUGGCGGCCAACAGCUUCGGCCGCUUCUUCACUGGACAGAUCACCGCUGCCGGGAAGGUCCCCCCUGCAAAGGUGCUCAUCAUUGGCGGGGGUGUGGCAGGGCUUGCGGCAGCCGGUACUGCCAGGGCGAUGGGAGCCAUCGUCAGGGGAUUCGAUACCCGAGCUGCAGCCCUGGAGCAGUUCAAGUCCCUGGGGGCGGAGCCUCUGGAGGUGGACUUCAAGGAGUCCGGAGAAGGCCAGGGGGGCUACGCCAAGGAGAUGUCCCCGGAGUUCAUCGAGGCCGAGAUGAAGCUGUUCGCCAAGCAGUGUCUGGACGUGGACAUCCUAAUCAGCACAGCCCUCAUCCCCGGCCGGAAGGCCCCCAUCCUCAUCACCACGCCCAUGGUGGAGAGCAUGAAGGACGGCUCGGUGGUGGUGGACCUGGCCGCCGAGGCUGGAGGGAACAUCGAGACCACGGUGCCGGGAGAGCUCAGCGUUCACAAGGGCGUGACCCACGUGGGCUUCACGGACCUGCCCAGCCGCCUGCCCACCCAGUCCAGCACGCUGUACUCCAACAACAUCACCAAGCUCAUCCGCGCCAUCAGCCCCGGCACGGACAACUUCCACUUCAACGUGAAGGAGGAGUUUGACUACGGCACCAUGGACCACGUCAUCCGCGGCUCCGUCGUCAUGCAGGACGGGAGGAACCUGUUCCCGGCCCCCCAGCCCAACAACCUGCCCGUGGCCGCGCCCCCCAGGUCCAAGAGUGUGAAGGAACUGGCGGCGGAGAAGGCUGCCGAGGUGUCCCCCUUCAGGACCAACCUCACCACCGCUAGCAUUUACACUGGGGGCUUUGGCACCCUGCUGGGCCUGGGCCUGUCCGCCCCCAACGCGGGCUUCACCCAGAUGGUGACGGUGUUCGGGCUGGCGGGCAUCGUGGGCUACCACACGGUGUGGGGCGUCAGCUCGGCCCUGCACUCGCCGCUCAUGUCCGUCACCAACGCCAUCUCAGGUCUGACGGCCGUGGGUGGUCUGUCACUGAUGGGCGGUGGCUACACCCCCACCAACACCGCCGAGACGCUGGCCGUGCUCGCGGCCUUCAUCUCCUCCGUCAACAUCGCCGGUGGCUUCCUGGUGACCAAGAAGAUGUUGGACAUGUUCAAGAGGCCCACUGACCCCCCGGAGUACAACUACCUCUACCUGCUGCCCACCGGGGUCUUCGUGGGGGGCUACGGUGCGGCGUUGCAGGCGGGGUACAACAUUGAACAGAUGAUGUACCUCGGCUCGGGGCUGUGCUGCGUGGGGGCGCUGGCCGGCCUGUCCAACCAGAAGACGGCCCGCCUGGGCAACGCCCUGGGCAUGAUGGGCGUGGCGGGGGGCAUCGCGGCGGCCCUGGGCUACCUCAAACCCUCCCCCGAGCUCCUGGCCCAGAUGAGCGUGGCCAUGGCGGUGGGCGGGACGGCGGGUCUGGGCAUCGCUAAGAGGAUCCAGAUCAGCGACCUGCCCCAGCUGGUGGCGGCCUUCCACAGCCUGGUGGGCCUGGCCGCCGUGCUGACCUGCGUGGCCGAGUACAUGAUCGAGUACCCCCACUUCGCCACCGACCCCGCUGCCAACUUCAUCAAGAUCGUGGCCUACCUGGGCACCUUCAUCGGGGGCGUGACCUUCAGCGGCUCCCUGGUGGCCUACGGAAAACUGCAAGGCACGCUGAGCAGCGCUCCCCUGGCCCUCCCCGGCCGCCACGCCAUCAACGCCACCCUCAUGGCCGCCAGCGUGGCGGGCAUGAUCCCCUACAUGAUGGACCCCAGCUACCUGACGGGCAUCACCUGCCUGGGCUCCGUGUCCGCCCUCUCCGCCAUCAUGGGGGUGACCCUGACCGCGGCCAUCGGGGGGGCCGACAUGCCGGUGGUGAUCACGGUGCUCAACAGCUACUCCGGCUGGGCCCUCUGCGCCGAGGGAUUCCUGCUCAACAACAACCUGCUGACCAUCGUGGGGGCCCUCAUCGGCUCCUCGGGGGCCAUCCUGUCCUACAUCAUGUGUGUGGCCAUGAACCGCUCCCUGACCAACGUGAUCCUGGGGGGCUACGGCACCACCUCCACCGGCUCGGGCAAGCCCAUGGAGAUCACGGGCACGCACACGGAGGUCAACGUGGACCAGACGGUGGAGAUGAUCAAGGACGCGCAGAGCAUCAUCAUCACCCCGGGUUACGGCCUGUGUGCUGCCAAGGCCCAGUACCCCAUCGCCGAGCUGGUCAAGAUGCUCUCUGAGGCCGGCAAGCAAGUCAGGUUCGGGGUCCACCCGGUGGCUGGACGUAUGCCAGGGCAGCUCAACGUGCUGCUGGCGGAGGCCGGCGUGCCCUACGACAUCGUCCUGGAGAUGGAGGAGAUCAACGACGACUUCAAAGAGACUGACCUGGUUAUGGUGAUCGGGGCCAACGAUACGGUGAACUCCGCCUCCCAGGAAGACCCCAACUCCAUCAUCGCCGGCAUGCCGGUUCUGGAGGUGUGGAAGGCCAAGCAGGUGGUGGUGAUGAAGCGUUCUCUGGGUGUCGGUUAUGCUGCCGUCGACAACCCCAUCUUCUACAAGCCCAACACCGCCAUGUUGCUAGGCGACGCCAAGAAGACCUGCGACGCACUCGCGGCCAAGGUGCGGGAGAGCCACGACCAAUAGGAAGACCCCCCCCCUAUACCCAAAUCACUCGGUCCUCCAAUCCGAGCGGAGCAGGUGUUGUAGGAGGAGCAGGAGGAAGAAGGUGGAGGAUGACCUGGUGUAUCUAGUUUAUUUUUCUUUUCCCAAAUAAAUUCUGUAGUAUUUUUGCUUUUGGAAACAAAGCGUCUGGAACACAUGGCAACAUGGAGAUAAAACCCCAGCCUCCGUUAUGGAAACAUGGGUGGAGGUGCGGCUGGUGGUGUUCUUGUGGAAGCGUCGAUACAGCUUUUGUUUUGUUUUCCCCACAAAGCUACUCCUUCUGCCUAGUGCUUAUUGGAUGGGUUUUAGUUUUUGUUUGCUCGAGGUCUAAAUAAGGGAGCUUCAAUGUGGAGCCUCUGUCUGCUCUUAGAAAGGAAUUCAGUUUUUUACAACUGUUGGCGGCGAAAUAUAAAGAUUGUAGCGUUGAUGUUUUCAACCGUAAAAACGUCUCCCGAGCCCCCCCUUACUUUGAUUUAGCAUUAACGAUGAUAGCAUUAAUUGUCGAGUCCCUUUUUAAACUCGAUAACAAAACUUUUGCUCAAAACUACUCCACAUCCAUUAACGCUUUUGUAAAGGUGAUCUUUUGUGGAUAGUUUUGUAUGCUAGUUUUGUAUUCUGGCCUAAUUGAUCCUAUAUUUAGAUUGUCAAAUCACACUUUCCAGUCGUACUAUUGGCUGUUUUCCUUUUCAAUAGUUCUUAGAAUGUGUCCCUUUGUGCCUUGCCUGUUGAACUGUAAAUCGUUUAUCCAAAAAUGAUUUAAAAUCCAUCCCGAGAUGGGUUUGAAGCCGAUCUCUAAUUAACUGAUGAAGUGUAGGGACCCACUUUCAGUCUUCUUCUUGUCACUUUACGGCAGUAGCUCCUGCUGUGUUGAACCCUUGCUGGUCCUUCGUGCCUGCCAUACGUUCUGUGGCGUCCAGUGGUGUGUUUCAAGCUACGUUCCCCCUCUUAAUUCCCUAUUGCUCCCCAAUAGACAAACUUCCUUAUACUUCAGGGCUAUGAAGGAGAAGCACAUUUCAAGCAUGACUUAUCUGUUAACUUCAACGUUUUGGAACGAUGAAGACUGUAGUCAGAGAUCGUUACUUAACAUGCGAGUGGGAGUUGAGCAGCAGUACAAGUAAGGUUUUAGUUUCUUAAUAGUAUUCUUUAUGAAUCAAUCAAAUCUUUAUAUAAUGUAUUAUCUAUUCAGCGUCAACAUUCCCCAGUGCCAUAUGUUCCUCUUUAUUGAUGACGAUAGACUUUUUGAAACUAUGCCGCACAAUAUUAGUUCUACUGUUUGUUACAUUUUAGUACAAGUACUGUAUGCUGUUGUUCACAGACCAGAAACUAUCUAACAUCGUAAUAUAUGGACGCUACUACUAAUUAUGUAGAAAACGACCAUUGCUCACAUCUGACCAAUCAGUAACUGACUGUCAUUGACCAAGGAUUACAUCCAACCAAUGACUUGUGUUUAACCACACGUUGACCAACACCCACACCUUUUAUAACCUCAGUUUGAUUCUGGCUUUUUAGUUCAUUUGUAAAGCUUAGAGCAAUGGAGCUAAAAGCUCAGAGCUUAUAUACUCCUUAACGAGUGACCUAAACGAGGAUUAUGCACACUCAUCUAAUUCAAUCAAAUCGCCAAAUUUGCACAUGAACUAUAGGCUUAGGCUGUUGAAAGUUAAUCGACAUAACGCAUAGAAUAGGAAGCGUUGGCCCCCGAUGGAUUGUAUUUUUCUAGAGAAGCCCUACUUGGAUGUUGCUGCGUUGAUAUUUGAUACUAUGGAUUUGUGUGACCAGUAGAUGCAUGUCAAUUAGGUGAAUUAAAUGUACUGUGAAUGUAGUUUUUAAUUCACCGUGGACCUCUGUAAUCCCUAAUAAAACCCUCAAGUGCA